GCAGGGUAGCAGCAGCAGCAGCCGGCUGACUCAACCUUCACUUUGGGCUCCAGUCUGAGCCGUCCUCCGCUGUUCGGCUGGUUUAAUCUGUCAGGAGGAUAGCUCUGUCUUUAUCCGAGUCAUGGAGACCAGAGGAGAACUUCUCACGGUGUAGCCAGGAGGAUUCGUUGACCGCCAGAGCAUCAUGGAGCCAGAUGUCAUCCGUAUGUACUCGUCCUCUCCACCCCCGAUGGAGGACGGUGCAGAGGAUGAGGACAAUGAGUUUGGAGACUUCGGCACCUUCUCUGGCGUCCCGAACAGCAUCAGCUUCACAGAGUUCGACACCCCUACAACUUUCAAUCAGACACAGGCUUUGAACGCCACCUCCCCGCCGGAGCUUAUCGCCAACAGAGGGGUGGUGGGGUUCAGCCACAGCUCCUCCAAUGGCACCCACAGUCCUAGUAAUGAGCUGUCAAAGGCUAAUGGCGUUGUGCCAUCAGGCCACCUGGACAGCAGCCCCCCAGACAGAACUGAGAUGAAAAAAGUCCUCUCCAGCUCUCUGGAUUUGUCAGUGAGCGACACAGCUGGCAGUGAGCCCGCUGACUGCAACGGCAGAGGCACAGAGGUGCUAACAAACGGGUUUGCAUCCUUGGACAUUCAGGGAAGCCCUUCCUCGCAGAAUUCUGUCCACGCUCACAUAAAAGGAACGUCCACUGGGGACAACGGCGCAGUCCCCGUUGAGAGCCCGGAGGACGAUUUUGCAGACUUUGCUGCUUUUUCAAAUGCUGAAGGACACCUCGGCCAGACAGCUAAUGAGGACUUGGACAACCCCACGGGGGGCAGCUGGCCGGCGGAGGCUACCUGCCAAGAGGAACACUGUAAUAUAGCACAGGGAACGACUUCAGAGGACAAUGUCAGGGACACAAACAGAACUGGACCCAACAUAUCUGUCCCUGCUGAGGCCCCGGACGGCUCAUGCAACACGGACCGGGGCUCACACACGGACGCUGACUCUAAUGAAAGGGACGUAGCCUUCGCCUCAGAGGCAGUUUGCACUAACACAACCCUCACUCUGAACGGGGUGGAUGUAGCCAACACGGACGAUUCCAAAGACGCCACAGGCAGCUGCGAAAAUGACCUCUCACCUGACGCAGCUGCAGACGGUGAGGCGGGACAGUCAGACUGGAAGGGCUCUGGUAAUGAGACGGAGACAGAAACGGAGACAGAGACGUCCUUUGGCCGGCCGCUGUCCACAGACGCACUGGAGGAGUAUGGAGACAUGAGCACUACGGGCUCCGUGCCCUCUCCGCCCCUCCAAGGGGAGACCGCCACACCUGCUGACCACAGCCAGCUGGCCGAGGAUGACAUGGAAGAAGACUUUGGGGAUUUUGGAGAUGCCGGCUCAUUCGGCGGUCAGGGCUUUGCAGAUUUUGACCAGCUUGACUUCCAGCAGGAGCAGAGCAAGUCGCACAGCUCGGCCCCUGCACAGGAAGCCGCAGACGCCAAAGACGAUGACGACUUUGGCGACUUUAAUUCCCCAAAAUUUCACAAAGGCGGAGAAGAGGAAGAGGGUGGAGGAAAAUUUGCAGACUUCCCUGUCAGCGACAGUUUUGGGAAUUUCAGCUCAGCUGCAGAUGGAGCAGACGACGGGGCGGAUGCUGGGUGGAGCGCCUUCGGGGAUCAGCAGGAGCAGGUGGAGGGGGAGUCCUGGGCGGCGUUCACCACGGAGCCGAGUGUCGCUCCACCUGCAGAGAGUAGAGAGGAGGAGGAGGAGGAGGAGUGGCAUGAAAGUGAGGCACCUGUAGUCAGCGAGGAAGCCAGCAGGACGGACAGACAGUCGCAGACCUUGUUGUCGAGUCGUCUGGAGAAACUGUUUCAGAGCAGCUUCCCUCAGACUGCCGUCGUCCCCGCCAUCGAGGAUGUGGAGGUGUCGACCUUGAAGAACCUGCUGGAACCUCCAGAGGAGAAACAGCCAGGAGCAGAGGAGGAGGAGAUGCCAGCGGGGCACAGGUCUAUGCAUGGUGGCGUAUGGACGCAGCUUCAGGACAUCCACGAGGCGAUAGGCCUCAGAUACCAGUGGGGGGGCUCUCACUGCAACAAAGCACUACUCUGCUGCCUGGGCAUCGACACCAGGAACAUUCUGUUCACAGGACAGAAGAAGCAGCCGGUCAUCGUGCCGAUGUACGCCGCCAGCCUGGGGAUGCUGGAACCAACCAAAGAGCCUGUAAAGCCCAUCUCUGCAGCAGAGAUGAUUGCUUCUAUAGCACAGGCGCCUCCAGCUGCUCCAGAGAAACCCUCCUGUACACCAGACACAGUCCAGGUGGGACCUCAGGACGUCCACCGACCAACACAGGAGGCGCUCCCACCCGUCCAGUUUGACUGGAGCAGCAGUGGCCUUACCAACCCUCUGGAUGCGAGCGGAGGCUCUUCUCUGUUAAACCUGGAUUUCUUUGGUCCUGUGGAGGAUUCAGGCUCCACCAGCUCAACCUCCAUCCCAGGCGUCGACCCUGAGCUGUACGAGCUGACGACAGCUAAGCUGGACCCCGGCAGCUCCGGUAGCCGUGUGGCCGACGCCUUCGCCCGCCUGAUGUCCACCAUGGAGAAGACCAGCACCUCCACCAGGAAGCCAAGGAGAGAGGAGAAUCUGAGCGAGGAGGCAGCCAAGGUGAUCUCAGGUCUGCCCGAUCUCUCCUUCAUGCAGGCCAAAGUGCUCAUGUUUCCCGCCACGCUGACGCCGCUUGGCUCAGCGGCUACGCCGGACUGAUGCCCCUCCCUCCCCAGUACUGACCCCGCCCCUCCCCUGACUGUCUAGCCCCGCAAACUGGAUUGGUCCAAGUCCUCUAUUUUUGUCUUUUUCUCGCUGCAGCUUAGCUUCUCCCUUCAUACAUUUGUUUCUUUUAAUUUUUUUUUUUUUUUUUUUUUUUUUUUUUUUUUUAUUUAAAGUAAAGCGAAGCAUUUAUCACGACAGGAAACAGCUGGGACGCUCGGCCUGCACAUUUAACAGAGUCAUUAUUUAUAGACGGGAUAAUUUAUAGAGGAAGGUUUUAGACAUGUGUGCUGUUCAUAUCUAGAGGAAUCAUCGUGUAUAUAAUCAGGGAUAAAACCUUUAUUUUCCUUCUGUGUUAAUUUUAAUUCUGGAUGAUUUUGAGGAUGAUUUGACGUCUCCAUGUUGGGAGUUUGUUCGUGUCUGUUUGUGAAGGAAACACUGGCUGAAGCUCUUUGAAUCAAACUGAAGUGGUAUAUAUAUGUAAGUUUAAAUUAAUACAUUUAUAUACGUAUAUAAAUCUAUAUAAAUAUAUAUAUAUAUUUAUCAACUUGAAACCACACUGCCUGCAAAAUCCAGCUGAAUGUUUGUCCCCUUGUGUUUAAAGGCCUUAGUUUUUACUUUCAGUCUCGUAGAUUUUAACCAGAUUUUCUCUUUUUUUGUGGAAUUUAACGUCGCUUUUUAACAUGAAUUAUGUCCAAACAUCCCACUGUUGCUGCAAUCUGUCUUCACUUUAUUUUAUUCCAGGUUUGAACAUUUUCUAGCUGCUUUGUCGUCAGAUAAAAACAUGUUUGCUUUCUCGCUUCUUGUUUUUCGGGGGUAAAAACGGGACUUUUGUUUUGGUUAAAACCACUGAAACUGGAUGAAAGUUUCUCGGCAGUGAAGGUCGACUCAUCAGAAGGGAAUUAAGGGACCAAUUUCUGCUUCCACGUGUUGAGUUUGUACACUGUUCUCCUAAAUAUGAAGUGCUUUUCGUCGUCGCCGCUCUUAUUUGUUAAUUUUUUUGUUUUGUUUUGCUCAUACUACUGUCAGCCCCAUCUCCCAGGAGGAUUUUGCACAUUGUAAAGAUGAAAUGGAUGUAAUCAUAGUUCACUGUGGCUUUAGACUGUGUACAGUUAAACUAUGGGCUGUAAAAUGUACGGGAAAAUUCCUAUGGAAAAAACUGAAUCACUUGAAGAGCCUGUCAAAAGGUCAUUGUGCAUGCCCGGGUUCUUUUCAGACGAUAAGUGUGUAAAUUUUACUUUUAGUGUACACAAGAAAUU